AUGAGAACGUCAAUUGGUAUAUUUACAUUAAUGUUAUAUGUCAGAUUUAUUUCAAUUAGUCAUCAAACUGUAUAUGUACAUUCAUACAGUAUGGGUUGUACAAGUGCGAAAGCAAACAAAGUUGAGAGUGAUCUAGAACGAUAUCAUCAAGAAAUAUUCGGAGUUGUACAAACAGGAGAUGUUAAACGACUUAAAGAUAUACUUGAUGAAUUGGAUCGUCGUAAAGCGUCAACAACGAAGAAAGAAGUGCUCAAUAUGGGUAUGUAA